GCAAUGUUUUCACUGAAUAAUCAACUGGAGUUAAGAAGAGUGACUAUUUCAAGUUUGAAUACAUGUAUCUAUUUGCCUAGCAUAGUCACAAUUGUGUCAUACAAAGGUUUAUUGUAUUCAAUCGGCAAUGGCUCUUCUUUUUACGUUUUGGUGCUGAUAUUCAUUGCGGAACUGUUGAAGUCAUUCUAUUUGAGUUCUUCGAAUGAUAUACAAGGAAAGAAAAUCAAGCUUAACAAAAACAGAGCUGGUGAUAUCGUAAAAUCUUUUUUGUUUUUAUUAGGGACGUUAACCAGUUUCUUCGUUGGAAUAAUUCUGUUUGGAGCACCAGUGCUAGAUUAUCAUGAAGAAACUUUGAUGUUGUCUACGUUACUGACGCUGCUGACUGUGUUUCCUUUAAUCGCGUACACUGGAGUGGAAUCUUCUAUGCAACUUUUAUUUGGAGUACGAAGUUAUGCAAAGGACACUGUUAUUGAUAUGUUGGUUACUAACGCCUUGCUGACUGUAUGUGGGGCGUGGCUUGGAGCUAUAGUGAUUCCCCUUGAUUGGAACACACCUUGGCAACAAUGGCCCAUUCCCUGUUAUCUAGGUGCCAUUGGUGGCUACCUACUUGCUAAUGUACUUACAGUAUUAAAAGUAACCUUAAUGAGUGCAGCUUACAAAUAUCCAUCUUUGAAUUUUUUAGUUAACAUUUUGAACAAGCUCUGUAUUUCAAAGUAAAUUGUUGUUCAGUCUUAGUUGUAGGUAUGUACUAAAAAUAAAUGCAUUUUUGAAAAUAGAAAACAAAAAAAU